AAAUGAGGGCUUCCUGUUGCUUUACACAGCCUUCCUGCAAAAGGUUGAGAUAUGUAAUUCUUACCCAUCAGGGAAGAGGAGAAGAACAUUAGGCAAAAUGACACUCACCAGAUUCUUAGUUAUGUAUUUCAGAGUUUUUAUGCUUCUUUUCAUCUGGGCAAGCACAGCAGUGGUAUGUCAAAGUGAAGAAAAGGUAACUGUGCAUCCGACAGUAACAGUAGAGUUUAACUCAACAGACAGGAUGAUGACUCUUAAUGCCAGUGGACAGUUUGUUUGUGCAGUUGACUCAGACAGAAUGGGCUGCCUCUCCGACAUGUUUGCUUUGCUCUGUGUGCAAAGAUUUGAGCUUGAAAUGGCAUCACUGAACAAAACUGACUGGUGCGAUUGGAGUAAGGUAAACAGUUGGUACAGCAACCUAAGCAUGUGUACAGAAGUAAUAUGUGAUUCAUCCUCCAUCCCAUGGCCCAACCGUGUGGUGGAACAGACCUUUUUGGACAUUCAUUCCAGGUUUUUCAAGGAUUGUCCCACAGAUGAGCUAAGUGACCCACCACCUGCCAUCAUGUUUGCUUUGGUCAUCACGCCCAUCUGCCUGAUCCCUGUAAUGGUUAGCCUGGUGGUACUUAAGACCAAAAAUGGAGACGGCAACUCCUGAUAACCUAGAAUCUCUGCUCAGCUAUGUUCUCUCUUCUCCCCUAACCUUGUUUACAGACUGCUUAUAUACUUUCAUCUCAUCAGAGACUGAAUCUUUAGAUCUUCUGCACUCCACAACUUAAAUUAGCCACAUAGACAUAGUAGGCAUGGUUAUCACUAUCUCAGAGAUAAAUGUUCUGUGGCAUCACAACUGUUUCUUUUAGGUGAUGUACUUCUUAACGCAGACAAACACUGUCAGAAACUGUGUUCUGUACUAUACUGUAUCUCAUUUACUGUGACAAAAAGGUUUUGUUUUAAACUACUUGACACUAGAGUUGGCCGUUGCUUGAAGCAUUGGUCAUCUCUUGUUUGCUCACAAUAUUUCAUUUAUACUGGAGAAGCCAAUAUUCGUGAUUAGCCUGACGAAAGCUCCGGAGCUUGUAAAAGUAGAAACAAAAUUUGUAUUGACACUCUGUUUUAUGCAAGAGACUUGGGCUGAUAAAAGACAAGGUAAAAUUUAUUACUGAGCUGCUUUUGCAUUCAUAGGCAAUGUUGUGUUAGUUUUUUUGCUGUUUAAACUUUGAGCCUAAAAAUAUAAAAUAUAUUUAUGAAGACAGCAUUUAGAAGCUAAAUGAUUUUUAAUUCUGAAAAGGAGAAAGAUGUUCAUAUCUGAUCUUUGACAAAGGUCCUAAACACUCUGUAGUGUGUAUGUGUAGGGAGGACAAGAAGUUAACCAUAUGCAUGGAUCUAGUUAUUCAAAUCAUAGCACACAAAGAGUUCAAAGGGUCGAGGUCUGUUUUUAUUAACUGUAAGUAAUCUUCAUACUCAUGUGACGAGAAGCUGGUUAGAAGAAAAGCGUAUCUCCCUCCAGACAAAAGACAUUUUAAGUUGCCUGCACAGAAUUGUGACAAACACUGAACAAUGACAAAAAGAUAAAAGUUUUAUCUUUUGCCCUGAAUGACAAUAAAGCCACUAUAAGUGCUUUCAGAUUUAGAACAAAAAUGUGUAUUUAUAUACUCUGAUGUAUUUCUGCUAUUGUCAGGACUUCGUGGACUUACUGUGAAAGUACAUCCUGCCUGCUCUCAUGCAAUGAACUGUAUGCAUUUUUAUUUUUUAUAUUUUAAACCAAUAAAUCUACAGUUGUAUACUUAC